AUGGCCGCGAAGGGCUGCCCCGCGGCGCGCGUCGCCGUCGUCGCGCUCCUCGCGAGCCGCGCGCUCGCCCACGUCGUCUACCCGACGCCGGAGCCGACGCCGGAGCCGACGAUGAUCCGCACGGAGGUGGGCUACGACUCGAAGACGUGCCGCGGCGGCCUCUGCACGCGCGACGCGACGCGGACCUGCGUCGACGAGUCGCCGGGCUGGGUCUUCACGUUCCCGAGCGGCGGCAACUCGACGUGCUUCGGCCUCUGCUACAGCUCCGUGAACCGCAACAUGUUCCACAACCGCACCGCCAAGUUCUCGUGCGAGGUCGACACGGACAUGGACGCCGCGCUGGCCAAGGGGGGCGUCUGCCGCGCGUGCCGGUGCCGGUCGAACUGCUACGAGGCCUGCCUGCCCUUCCCGACCAUUCUACCGUCGCCCGUCCCGUCCCAGACCUUCGAGCCCACGGGCGCGCCGACGGCGAACCCGAGCGACGCGCCGACGGUGUCCCCCUACCCGACGGAGGCGCCCACGGACGCGCCCAAGCCCCUGCCGACGAUCGUGCCCUACCCGGCGCCGACGCGCGUGCCCUACCCGCGGCCCACGCGCGUGCCCCGGCCCCUGCCGACCUACGCGCCCACGCGCGUCCCGACGGCCGAGCCGACGCCCGCGCCGAGCGACGUGCCCACGUCCCAGCCCUCGCCGCAGCCGUCGGUGACGCCCGCGCCGUCGGCGACCUUCGCGCCGACGGCGACGCCGACGACGGCCGAGCCCAGCGCGUCGCCGACGAUCAGCCACCCGCCGACGUCGUGCCCGACCUCCGCGCCGACGUCGGAGCCGUCCGCGGGCCCGACGGCGACGCCCGCGCCCUCGGCCGUGCCCACGUCCGUGCCCACGGGGCGCCCGACCGCGGGGCCCUCCGCGGACCCGACGCUCGCGCCGACCUCCGCGCACCCCUCGGCCGCGCCGACGUCCGCGCCCACGAGCGUGCCCACGGCGCGCCCCUCCGCGGCGCCCUCCGCGGAGCCGACGCUCGCGCCCACGAGCGCGCCCACGUCCGCGCCCACGUCCGGCCCGACGUCCGCGCCGACCCUGGCGCCGUCGACCCUGCCGCCGACCGCGGCGCCGGCGGCCGCGGGCCGGCGCCGGCGCGGCCUCCUCUCCUUCCUUCGGAACCCGUUCCGCCGCGGCCGUUAA